AUGUUCUCUAAAAUUUUCGGCAUCAGCGCUGUUUUGGCGGUGGCCUCUGCCGGCCUCCUCCCCGCUGCCCACUACUCCCCAGCGUCCGCAGUGUCUUCACAAAGCAUUGUCCGCCAUGAGCAGCCAAUUGCUGUCGCCACACCUUACUACCAAUCUGCUCCCUUGGCAUACUCUUCCCCCAGCCAAUACUCCUCUGCCGUUUCCUCCCAAAACAUUGUCCGUCACGCUGCCCCUGUAGCUAUCACCCAUGCCGCUCCUCUUGUACACGCCACUCCCGUUGUCCACACUGCUCCCUUAGUCCACGCUGCUCCAGCCCGUGCCAUCAUCGCCCAACACGAGGAAUACGACGCACACCCCAGCUACGACUUCUCCUACUCCGUCGCCGACGGCCACACCGGUGACAACAAGUCCCAGCACGAGAGCCGCGACGGAGAUGUUGUACAUGGUGAAUACUCUCUGGUUGAAGCUGACGGCUCAAUCCGCCGCGUAGAGUACACCGCCGAUGCACACAACGGCUUCAACGCAGUCGUCAGCAACUCUGCACCCGCUCACUCCGCACCUGCCUACGCCCCGGCUACCGUUUUGGCUCACCAUUAA